AUGAAGACCACUACCUUGCUGACCAUUGCCACGAUCCUCGGAUCCCAAUGCUGUGCUGCAAAUGCUGACCAAAAGGCACGACCCGGCACCACCACCAAACGCCGAUUGGGUGAUCCAAACUACUUUUCUGAAACCCCCGACGCUACUGUGGAAAUUUUGGAUACUUCCACCAGUCUUUCCGGUCAAUUUGCUGCUACGUUGUUUGGUAGACAAUGGGGCGCCCGCAAGAUGGAAUACUUUGGAGGAGAUGAAUUCAUUCAAAUGUACGAUGACACGAGUGAAACCCGUGUGGUCAUUCGAGGAUAUAUUGAUCUUCAAGUGGAUUCAAUAGAGGGCGUCUUUAUUUUUGCCGACCGAGAGGUUCACGAUGUCUAUGGAACCGUGAGAGGACGAGCCCAAGGUACCUGCGCCCACACUUCCGUCGGAGACCCAACCUACACCUGUUCCAUGGACAUUGAAGUGAUUGCCAAAGACGGAUUCGUGUCGGCGGCCUUUCGAAGCGAGGGUCGUUUGAACUUUGCCAAGCCCAUCUCGCAAUUGACUAUCACUGGAGGAAGUACCGAGCUGGAAUCUGCCUCUGGAACUCUCAAAAUGUGUCCAGUCUCGUUGGAUACCACGACUGAUCCAGCCACACCACGAAAUGUAGCUGGUGCCCACCAAUUCGAGUACCUCUUCUUUGAGUCUGUAGUGUACGUCAGUUCCGCUUUCCUUGCAAACAUUAUGAUUGAUGAAGAGGAAUAA